GUCUUCAGUUAUUUUAAAAUCCUUUUUCAGUUAGCAUUAGCUCCUAAGAGACAAAUUUGCUGUUGUACAUAUUUCUUAUGUAAGUGUCUUGCUUAGCUUGGUCAUAAUCUUUAGUAACCUUUUGCUGUGACUAAGGAAUUUAGACCCUUGGGGAACUUCCAUGAUACCAUGCAUUUUGUGUUAAUAUAUUUUAACAAAAAGAAACCUUAACAAUUCAACCUAAAAAGCAGUUGUUAAAUAUUAAUCCCCAGGUAUCUACCCUUUUGUUGUUACUGUUAAUAAUGAUGCCUUUUAGUAUUUUGUGGAGCACUGUCUUGCUUGCAUUUGUUAUUAAUCAUAUAGUUUGGGCCCUUUGGAAGUAGCUUGCUCAAGGUAGUGUUCAUCAUAAAAGAACUUUAAUAUUUUGAAAAGCAUGCCAUAAUAGAAUAAGAAUAAGUUGAUUAUAGUAUUUUCUUAGAAGUACUUGUUGAAUUUAGAAAACAGAAUUUUUGGGUUUCUGGUUGCUUUUUUAUUGUUGUUCCAGCUAGAAGAGUAGUAAAAAGGAAACUUUAGCUUUGGUUUGGUUUGAGGAACAGAACAACAGCAGAGAUGAGAAGGUGAGGAGACUGGAAAGUAAAUGCUGGUAGUAUUGGUGGUGAAUUUGGGGAGUUUUUAUUUGAAGAGUUGUAGUUCAUUGAUAGGAGGACGAAAAUGAACCAUGACCAAGGAAUGGCCCUAAUAGAGGCCAACUUUAAAGGCAGUCAAAAGAUUAGGGUUUAUAAAUGGACUCUCUUGUUGGGCAACAUUUUUCUUUUUGAGAACCAAUUAGGAAAAUAAAGUUCUAGUUUCUUGAUUGUUCCUUUUAAUCUGUCUUAGGGUUUUGAUGAUGGUUAGCUUGCUUUCAAAUACCUAGACAGGAAGGUGUUAACCUUUGGCCUCUCAAAAGCUCUAUAAAUCUCUGUGUACGGAAUUUUGUGUUUGUUUUCAUUUUGGUGUGGAGUAUCUUUGUAAGUUUUAUCCUAUUUUCAGAGUAGUCACAGGACCCUAAAAGGAUUAAAGAAGGAUAAAAGAACCCUGAUCUAGAUCUUUGCUGCUUCUUCCUUAGAGAAUCCUUUCAGAAAUAAGUAAGACUUAAAUAUAUUUCAAGGCUAACAUAUCCUGAAACUUAACUUAAAGAAGAAAAAAAUUUUCUAACAUUUUAACAGAUUCAAUAGCUAUUUUAUUAAAUGCUUUGAUUUUGAUUGAAGUAGCUUUUCUGAAAACAUGGGGAUUUUAGUUUGGGAUUAGAUAAAGAUUGUUUAACAAUCAGUGAGUUUAAGUUAAAUGACAUUCCAAUUUUAAUAAUGACUUUUUAAUCGUGGGUCAGUAAGUUCUUUUUGUUAAAUAUGUUGGUAUCAUAAUUAUAGCCUAGAUUUUUCUUAUGAUCAACCAUGAUUAUAGAUGUAUAUAUAUAUUUUUUGGUAAGGCCUUUAUAAUUUAUGGAUUAUAAUUUUCAGUGGAGGUAAUGUAUAAUGUCUAAGUUUUAGGCUACCCAAGGAGUUAGUGUUUCUAAAUUUAAAAGGACGAUUUUCAGUUGGUAGCAUCAUUUCCUGAUUUUUUUGUUAAAGGAGAUAAAUGGAUAAAUAUAUAUUGAAAGGUUCUCUUGAUAGCCAGAUAUUCUCUGUAGAGAUCCUCCAACAGUACUUAAUUUAUAGAUGGUGUGCAGUAAGUGGUGGCCUAUUAAGAUAAUUGAGUAGAAAAGAUAUAGUACUUUCCUACCCUAAUUUAUACAGUUUAUACUCUAUUCCUUGAGUUUAGGGUAGUCUAACAAAUUUUGGUAUAGAAGUGAAUCAGCUACCAAAUUAAAUGCAUGUGUACCAUACUGAUAAUUUAAUAAGUAUUUUUUCGUAUUGAGAAGUGACUUGCAUUAGUUUUCCCUUUUCACCACCACCUCUUUGUCAUUUUGACCCUAAACACUUAAUAAAUCACUCCUAAAUUGAUCGAAAUAUGCUUAUGUAUACUUUAAUAUAAAAUUAUAUUGCAUGGCUUUCUGACUUGGGUUUUUGUUGUGAAAGUGCCUGUUUUGUUCAUGUGUCCUGAGAGAACAAGCAUUGUGACAUACCUGGCUAACUUAAAAGCAGAUUGCCUGUGAAGCACAAUUUGAGUCCAAUUUUUUGAGGUAUGGAGUUUUAGCUAUCAUGGCUGGGUUUUUUUACUCAAUCUCAAAUAAUAGGGCUCUGGUUAUUUUGCAGAGUAUCUCUGAAGAAUGGACAGAAUUGCCCUGGCUAACUACAAGCUACGGUUCACAGUGGAUAAAUAGAUGCCAGAGUGGUAAAAGACAUGGCAACAGGAAAGUCUAAAGGAUAUGGCUUUGUCUCCUUUUUCAACAAAUGGGAUGCUGAAAACGCCAUUCAACAGAUGGGUGGCCAGUGGCUUGGUGGAAGACAAAUCAGAACUAACUGGGCAACCCGAAAGCCUCCAGCUCCAAAGAGUACAUAUGAGUCAAACACCAAACAGCUAUCAUAUGAUGAGGUUGUAAAUCAGUCUAGUCCAAGCAACUGUACUGUAUACUGUGGAGGUGUCACUUCUGGGCUGACAGAACAACUAAUGCGUCAGACUUUUUCACCAUUUGGGCAAAUAAUGGAAAUUCGAGUCUUUCCAGAUAAAGGAUAUUCAUUUGUUCGGUUCAAUUCCCAUGAAAGUGCAGCACAUGCAAUCGUUUCUGUUAAUGGAACUACCAUUGAAGGUCAUGUCGUGAAAUGCUAUUGGGGCAAAGAAACUCUUGAUAUGAUAAAUCCUGUGCAACAGCAGAAUCAAAUUGGAUAUCCACAAGCUUAUGGCCAGUGGGGCCAGUGGUAUGGAAAUGCACAACAAAUUGGGCAGUAUAUGCCUAAUGGUUGGCAGGUACCUGCAUAUGGAAUGUAUGGCCAGGCGUGGAAUCAGCAGGGAUUUAAUCAGACACAGUCUUCUGCACCGUGGAUGGGACCAAAUUACGGAGUGCAGCCACCUCCAGGACAGAAUGGCAGCAUGUUGCCUAAUCAGCCUGCAGGGUAUCGAGUGGCAGGGUAUGAAACCCAGUGAAAAAGGACUCCAUAAUCUAAAGCCAGUGGCUUGAGGCUACAGGGAGUGUAGUAAAGCCGUUGUUUACUUAAAGAUUUAUCAAAUCAGUCAGUGCAAAUGUCAGAUACAAUGUAUUUAUUUAAAAGAUUCAUUUUUUAAUCAUGAAAUUACUUAUCAUCCACAUUGUUUUAAAAAGAAACAAGAUGCUGGAUGUCUGCCAAUUUUUGCCUUCAUUACCUUUUUUGAUAAAGUUUCUCAGAUCCUUGUUUCAAAUACAAAUGCAGGGAUUGCUGCCACUUUUUUAAAAUUAAGAGGCAGAAAAUUGCACAAUGUUGAACUUUUUUCCACUAAAGUAGUGUGCAGUUCUAGUUUGCAUUCCUGAUAUGAUUUAAAACAUGUAAUAUAAAGAUGUUAAAAAUGAAGAACCAAAACUGUGCAAAGUCUAGAAGUUCUUUGUAAUCUUCAGCUUGCGCACAAUUCUGUUUUAGGGUUUUUUGUUUUUUGUUUUUUUAAAAGCAUUGUUUGAACUGUCCCAUCUCCACUGUUUCCCUUUGGGGUUUUAAAAUAUAAAUUAUUAGUUUACAUCAUUUUUGUAUCAUUUUUCACAAAUUUGUCUUGCCUUAUUAAAUUUCUGUAAAAUAUACUUAAAUGGAAAAAUGAUGUUCACUUAGAUUGAAAACUUUUCUCAGAUGGAUUGAUAAUUGCAUUCAAUUUGUGUUUUAUAUGAGAAGGUGCCUCAAGAAUUCCCUCUUGGAUUUGUUUAAAGGAUUUUUAUCUUCUGUGAUAAACUUUGCUGUGUACCAGGAAAUAUAAAAACAAAAACUUGCUACUAAAGAAAAUCUCUGAAAUGUGAGACAUUCUUAUGAGCCCGUGUUAAUUUCAUGUGUCAACUUCUACAUUUACGUGUAUUGUUUCAUUCUGUAAAAUGUUUUAGCAAUUUAAUAUUUUGCACAGUUAGCAAGCUUUGUAUGUCAUUUCCUUCCUAAAGGCAUCAUGCAGAGUUGACAGGAGAUUUCUAAGGUUUUAAGUUUGCAUGUGAAUAUCAAAUACACACUUUGGUAGUCUUUGAAUACAAAGUCAUCUGCUCUUGUUUUUCAAGAAUUCUGAGACACAAAGUUGUAUGUAAAGGAACAUAUUAAUUUGCCAUUUUCUAGUUAUAUUUACUCAAAAAGAGUAAAUCAACCUAAUUUUAUUACGUACAAAUGAUAGCUGUGAAACUGUAUAAUAUCCUAUAUCAGGCUUGGAGUUCGUUGUGAACUUCAAAAUUAGCCUGAAGGACCAGCCGGGCAAAGCAUUUUUUAAAUGUUCAGAGGCCAAAAGAUAAAACAAAACAAAAAAACCUUAAAAUCCUACCUCCUUAAACAGCCUUCAAAGAGGAGAAUCCUCAGUGCAGUCAUUAUUUUGAUUCUUUUGGUACCUGUUUUCCUGGAGUUCCCAAUUUUAUUAUUUUGGGGUGGCUCCGAGCAUUAGGUUUAAUCUUUGAUGGCAUUGUUCUAGUUUUGAAAUUUCUAGUACAUUUCAGAGUCUCUUAGAAGAGUUGUGGGAGAUUUUGUUUUGUUUUCAGUGAAAGUCACAAACUUUCUUCUUCCUUUACUCACAAAGGGGAAGAGUCCCCCAGUAUACAUAUUUGAACGGUUUGUUGUUUUUAAGACCUUCAGAGAGCUCCUAGCAUUUAGCAACAGAAAAGGCCUGUGAAAUCUUAAGUUUCCUGGCCUUGUCUCUUCCAGGUAGGAGCAAAUUAAGCUGGUCUCUAAAGCCAAUAUUCAUGUAAACCAGAGCCCAGGAAAGACAGCUCAUAAGUGUUUAAUUCUCUGGAGCUCAAUUCUAUGCAGUUGUACUGAUGUUUCAUUACGUACGUCACUGUGUAUUUUUAAGUGUUGAUACAUUAAAAGUUGCUUUAUGGAAGAUGAGUAAAUUUUUUAAAUACUUGGGAAUUUUAUUUCCAUGUUAACGUCUACAGAUCAGGACAUGCGACCAGAAGCAGCUUAAAUGAAAUACUCAAAAAGUAAAAUAUCAGGAAGCUAUUUUUAGAUUCUUCUGGUUUAUGUUUCUAUUUUAGGACCCUUAUUAUUUUUCUUACUCAAAAAUAUUUUAUUUCCUGUACAUCUGUGGACUGCAGGGUAAAUUAUUUGGGCAUAAGUAAUUUAAGCAAAAGUAUAGUUUUUCUUUCAUUUUGACUUUCUCAAGUAACACUUUUUAUUAGCCAGUAUAUUUUCUUAUUGCACAAAUCUUAAAGUGUACAUUAACUACUUUUUGAGAAGAAAGUGGUAUUUCUCAAAAAAGUUACUACUGAACAAAUUGACGUUUCAGGAACAUUGAUAACUUUUGUUUAAAUCUUACUCCUAGUGUUAAAAUCAUUAAAAGAUUUUUUAGUCUAAAAAUAAUACUGGUAUUAGUAUCAGGUAAGGAAAUUAAAGUUUUAAAAACAGUUUCAUUCUCUGCAAUAUGCAUUCAGAUUUUACUAUAAAAUACAUCUGGUACUGUAAAGAACCUGAAGUGAUUCACACUUAAUGGGUCGUUAAUCCAGUAUUCUUUGCCCUGACUGUUUGGAUAUUAAAGUUCCUUUAUGUUUUCUAUAA